GAUUGGGUUUGUUGACGAGUGUGCUAGCACAAUGGCUGGAUUGCAUGGCCGUUUGGUGCAAUGUCAUCCGUCCCUUACAUGAUGUUUUCUGAUACAGCUUAACGUUAGCAUCCCUCUUCAUGCGCGCUCACAAUCGCGAAUGCCCCUCUGGCUGAUUAAGCUGAGGUAGUUAACGUUUAUUCAAUGUAUUGACCUAAAGGGAAGGAUUUUUACUUCGCCGACUGAGAGGACAGCUCAUGAAGUUCAUCCGCCGGACUUUCCCUGUUUUCAGGUUGUGAAGCUCUGGUACCUAACAUGGCUGUACUGAGACAGUUUGGAUUGCUUCUCUGGAAGAACUACCUUCAGCAAAAGCGUCAGAUCUUGGUCACACUGGUGGAGAUCGCCCUGCCUCUCCUUUUCUCUGCUAUCCUAAUCGUCCUGCGUCAGAAAGUGUCCUCCACCAACUACCCCAACGCCACACACUAUGGGAGUUUCUCGCUGGAAAGGCCACCCUUUAAGCUUCCUUUUGGCUUGCAGCUGGCCUAUGUUCCGGCCAACUCCAGUGUGGUGCGACAGGUGGCCGAGGAUGUGCAGCUCAGUCUGAGCAGAGGUUUCAUUAGUGCUGUGCAUGGUUUUGAGACUGAGCAGCAACUUGAGGACUUUGUGAAGACAGACCCUGAAUCACUCAUCUUCGCGGCGGUGGUCUUUCAGCAUUCCUUCACACAUGAUGAUGAGCCUCUCCCAUUGCAGGUCAACUAUCACCUGCGUUUUACAUAUAGCCCCCGAAAUGCGCCGGCCCGGGAGAAGUCAGAGCUGAAUCCCAAUAAUGACUUGGACUGGCACACACUCAGCCUUUUCCCACUCUUCCAGCUGCCUGGACCUCGGGAGCAGCAUGAUUCCCGUGGAGGAACCCCAGGUUACUACCGAGAGGGCUUUCUGAUGAUCCAGCAUGCUGUGGAUCAGGCUAUCAUGAAGGCCUACAACAGGACAGCAGCAGCUGCCCUCCUCACCCAGACAAGAGUACUUCUGUCACGCUUCCCUUACCCAGUCUUUAUAUAUGAUGUCUUCAUCCUAGCCAUCCAAAACCAACUUCCCCUACUGCUGGUGCUGAGCUUCACUUACACUGCGCUCAACAUUGUCCGUGCUGUUGUGCAGGAAAAGGAGCGGAAACUAAAGGAAUACAUGCGAAUGAUGGGUCUCAGUAAUUGGCUGCACUGGAGUGCCUGGUUCCUCAUGUUUUAUCUUUUCCUCUCCAUCUCCAUCUUCUUUGUCACCUUGCUCUUGUGUGUUAGGGUGAGUCCAAAUGGAGCAGUGCUGACCUACAGUGACCCCACUCUAGUAUUUGUCUUCCUGCUUGUCUUUGCCAUAGCUACCAUCAGCUUCAGCUUUAUGAUCAGCUCCUUCUUUUCCCGAGCUAAUGUUGCAGCAGCUGCAGGUGGUUUCAUCUACUUUUUUAGUUACCUGCCGUACCUUUUCUUGUGGCCCCGCUAUGACCUGCUGCCCCAUGCCCAGAAAGUGUCUGCUUGUCUCAUCUCCAACGUGGCUAUGGCUAUGGGAGCGCAACUCAUUGGCAUGUUUGAAGGCAAAGGCACAGGGAUCCAGUGGAGUAAUUUGUUUGAACCAGUGACGGUGGACGAUGACUUCUCACUGGCCCAGGUUUUUGGGCUGCUCCUGCUAGACACUCUUCUGUAUAGCAUGGUGGCCUGGUAUGUGGAGGCUGUUUUCCCUGGUGAAUAUGGAGUGCCGCUGCCAUGGUACUUUUUCGUGCUGCCCUCCUACUGGUUCAGCAGCCCUAGAGUUGCCCUGGUGAAAGAAAAGGAGGAAGAAGAGGAUGCUGAGAAAGCGCUUAAAGGUGAAUUCUUCGAAGAGGAGCCAGCUGGACUGGUCUCAGGAGUCAAGAUCAAACACUUGGCCAAGGUUUUCAAAGUGGGCAAUAAGACCAAAGAGGCAGUAAAAGAUCUCACUGUGAACAUGUUUGAAGGUCAGAUUACUGUGCUGCUGGGACACAAUGGAGCUGGAAAGACCACUACACUGUCCAUGCUGACUGGCUUGUUUCCUCCUAGCAGUGGACGAGCAUAUAUUAAUGGCUACGAUAUCUGCCAAGAUAUGGCGCUGAUUCGCCGCAGCCUGGGUCUGUGCCCUCAGCAUGAUGUGCUUUUCGACAACCUCACUGUCCGAGAACACCUUCUGUUCUACACUCAGCUGAAGGGCUUCCCCCGUGAGAACAUUCCAGAUGAGGUGGAUCGCAUGAUCCGCAUCCUGAAUCUGGAGAACAAAAGGCAUGCUCGGUCAAAGACACUUUCUGGUGGAAUGAAGCGAAAGCUGUCUAUUGGAAUUGCUCUCAUUGGAGACUCAAAGAUUGUAAUGUUGGAUGAGCCCACCUCAGGUAUGGACCCAUCAGCGAGACGAGCCACGUGGGACCUACUGCAGGGUGAGAAGCGGGGCCGCACUAUUCUGCUUACCACUCAUUUCAUGGAUGAGGCCGACCUGCUGGGUGACCGCAUUGCUAUCAUGGCUGGAGGGGAGCUUCAGUGCUGCGGCUCAUCGCUCUUCCUCAAAAACAAAUAUGGUGCUGGCUACCACAUGGUGAUAGUAAAAGAUGCAUUGUGUAAUGUAUCAGAGAUCACUCGUCUGGUCCAAAUGUAUGUCCCCAAUGCCACACUGGAGAGUAGUGCUGGAGCUGAACUCUCCUAUAUCCUGCCUAAAGAGAGCACCAGCCGGUUUGAGCUCCUUUUCGCUGAACUGGAGAUGAACAGAGAGGAGUUGGGCAUUGCUAGUUAUGGAGCUUCUGUUACCACCAUGGAGGAAGUUUUUCUCAGGGUGGGGAAGCUGGUGGACUCCAGUCUGGACAUUCAGGCCAUCCAACUUCCAGCCCUUCAAUACCAGCAUGAGCGUAGAUCACAUGACUGGACAGUCGAUGAUACUAGCAGCACUAGCGGCCUGACUGAUGUGACGGACUUCACCGACAGUGGCACACUAAUCUCAGAGGACUGCUCCAAUAUCAAACUCAACACAGGGGCUAAGCUAUAUAUGCAGCAGUUCUAUGCCAUGUUCCUGAAGAGAGCGUUGUACAGCUGGCGGAACUGGAAGGUGAUGGUUGCACAGUUUUUAGUGCCACUCAUCUUCACUGUGGUGGCCCUUGUGGUGGCUCGUACCUUGCCUGGACAUCACAACACACCCCAGCUCCGCUUGGCUCUCAGCCGCUAUGGACCUACCACAGUGCCUGUGGCCCUGGAUGCCAGCGCAGGGCCGCUAGCUGCGGCCCUUGCUGAGUCCUACACCGCACAGCUCCCUGUGCAAAGUGCCACACCCACAACAAAUCUAACAGAUUUCUCAGAAUAUGUGCUGUACAAUGCCAUGAGGGAGGGAGGAGCCUUCAAUGAGCACUGCGUAGUUGGUGCAGCUUUCAGAGGUCGAACCAGUAGGUUUGCAGAAAUAACAGGCUACUUCAACAACCAGGGCUACCACACCCCAGCCACAGCCCUCAUGCUGGUGGACAAUGCACUCUACAGACUGUUGGCUGGACCUAAUGCAUCCAUUCAGACAGGAAACAAACCCCUGCCCCGCAACAUGUCUGAGGCAGCCCAAAGCCAGUUGUCAGAGGGCCAGACUGGCUUUGCUAUAGCCAUAAACUUGAUGUAUGGUAUGGCAUCUCUGGCCAGUACCUUUGCUCUGCUCCUGGUGAGUGAGCGUUCCGUGAAGUCCAAGCAUGUGCAGCAAGUUAGCGGUGUCUACCUCUCCAACUUCUGGUUUUCUGCCCUGCUCUGGGAUCUGGUCAACUUCCUGCUGCCUUGUUUUCUCAUGCUGGUUGUGUUCCGGGUGUUUGCUGUGAAGGCCUUUGUAGAAGAGAAUCAUUUGGUAGAUGUGUUGCUUUUGCUCUUGCUGUAUGGUUGGGCCGUGAUCCCCCUCAUGUACCUACUCAGCUUUCUGUUUUCAAGUGCUGCCACCGCCUACACGCGCCUCACUAUCUUCAAUAUCAUCAGUGGCACAGCCUCCUUUCUUGCUGUCACCAUCAUGACCAUACCUGAGCUGCAACUACAGGAGCUCUCACACCUGCUGGAUAAAGUUUUUCUGCUCUUCCCCAACUACUGCCUUGGCAUGUCCUUCAGUCAGUUCUACCAGAAUUAUGAGACCAUAACCUUCUGCACCUCCAGCCCCCUCACUAAAGAAAUCUGCCACUUUUUCAACAUCACUUACCAGCUGAACUACUUCUCCAUGGAUGAACCUGGUGUGGGACGCUUUCUGGUGGCCAUGUCCUUGCAGGGUGUGGUCUUCUUUGCCCUCCUCUUUGCCAUUGAGCUGCAAUGGGUCCGGACAUUACUUCGUCUCUGCAGGAGACGCAGGAAGGACCUGCUGGCAGGGGAGGACGCUCUUCAGCCUGAAGACAGGGAUGUGGCUGAAGAGAGAAAACGAGUUUUGGAGUGCCAGCCUGUUGUGGAGUCCAUGGUGGGGAGCCCCCUCAUUCUUCAGGAGCUUACCAAGGUUUACCCAGGGAGUCAGCCUCUGCGGGCAGUAGAUCGUUUGUCUCUGGCUGUGAGGAAGGGUGAAUGUUUUGGCCUGCUUGGAUUUAAUGGAGCUGGGAAGACAACCACUUUUAAAAUGCUGACUGGCGAUGACACUGUGACUAUGGGGGAUGCCUUCAUUGAUGGCUACAGCAUCCUCCGGGAUGUGAAGAAGGUGCAGCAACGGAUUGGGUAUUGCCCACAGUUUGAUGCGGUUUUGGAUCACAUGACUGGGCGAGAGACUCUGAGCAUGUAUGCCAGACUCCGGGGAAUCCCGGAGAAGUAUGUGUCAGCCUGCGUGGAGAAUGUACUUCGCUCACUGCUUUUGGAGCCCCAUGCGGACAAAUUGGUUCGCAGUUACAGUGGGGGUAACAAAAGGAAGCUGAGUGCAGGUGUGGCACUGAUUGGUGGGCCGCCUGUCAUCUUCCUGGAUGAGCCAUCCACUGGUAUGGACCCUGUUGCCAGGCGCCUGCUGUGGGAUGCCGUCACACGCACGAGGGAGUCUGGCAAAGCUAUUAUUAUCACAUCACACAGUAUGGAGGAGUGUGAGGCCUUAUGCACUAGACUUGCUGUGAUGGUAAACGGGCAGUUCAAGUGUCUGGGAAGCCCACAGCACCUGAAGAGCAAAUUUGGCAGCGGCUAUACUCUGUUGGCCAAAGUCCAUACAGGACCAGAUUUAGAGGAGAUGGACCUACAGCUUUUUAAAGAUUUCAUUGAGAGCACCUUCCCUGGAAGUUUACUGAAAGAUGAACACCAGGGGAUGGUUCACUACCACUUGACGGACAAAACACUGACCUGGGCUCAGGUGUUUGGAACCCUAGAGGCAGCUAAAGAGAAGUACAGUAUCGAGGACUAUUGUGUGAGUCAGAUCUCGCUGGAGCAGGUGUUCCUCAGCUUUGCCCAGUUCCAGCACUGCUCUGAAGCCGGGAAAAAAUAAGAGUGGUUAGGAAGGAGAUGCAAACUCCCCUAGACUUCCUUGUCUACACCUUUCUGAGGUACAGCCUGGGCUGAGAGAUUUACUUUCACAUGCUCAGAUCUCAGACAGUCAUCUCCUCUCCCCUAUACGCAAACAUGCAGGUAUCAACCAGUGCAGUGGAGGUCUGGGCUAAGCAUGUGUAAUGCUUGUGUAAAUUCUCUGUGUGUCUCGGUCAUUGCGAGGAGUGUGUUGGGGUAGAAAGGUAUGUUACAUGAAGUACAACAAUAAGUCCUUGAUGUGUAACACUUUUUGUGUCUUUUGAGUUUGAGGUUUAAAGACUGUACUUUGCAUCAGUGGUUGUGUUCAGAAGGUCCCUUGCUUUCUGCAUAAUGGUCGACUACAAUGGACUGAGUUGCUUGUGAGUGUGCACUUGUAUGAAGCAGCCUGAUUUUUUUUUUUUUUUGGUUGUCUUCUCCUUGUCUCUUGCUGUGGUCUUAAAUUUGAAGAUAUGUGUGCUGAGCCUCUCCUGAAAAAAAUUAUAUGAACUAAAAAAAUCUCAAACUACUCAUGUACAAAAAAGAUAAUAAAUACAUAAAGUUAAAAAAAAGUAAAAAAAAAAAAAAUCAACUCUCCUUUAGCUUUAUCAUGUCAUCAUUCAUUCAUUGCUUAUCCCCCAAGAUCACAGGGGCAUGCUGCAGCCUGUCUUAGCACUCAUUGGGUGGAAGGCAAGCAACACCCUGGACAGGUCACCAGUCCAUCACAGGGUAAACACACACUUACACCUUGAGGCAAUUUAGUAUUUACAAUUGGCCUGAUUUCAUAUCUUUGGACCAUGGGAGCAAACCCACACUGAAAAACGGAAAACAUGGAGACUCUGAAUAGUUCCCCCAACCAUGGAAUCAAACCCACGCUCUUAUUGCUGUGAGGCUUAUUGCUGUGCUACCCACUGUGGCACCAUGUAGCACAUUUGUAGCAAUGCAGAAAUUUGCAAUUAUAAAAAAGGGAAUUAGGGAAUUAUUAUUUUAUCAGGACAUUCUCUUUAAAAUAUGCAUGUGUGUAUGAAUGUUUUUCCCCAGCACAGCACAUUGCACAGACAAUAUCAUUAGUCACUCCCAAGAAGCUUUUAAUUUGAAAAAUUAAAGUUAGUUUUCUGUUUUAAGAGUGAAUACUUUUUCUCUACACUAUCCUUGAUGUCAAAUUCUGGCAAGGUAGUGAAUGUUGCUUUGUGCCUUUUUUAGUUGAACUGACACUGUCUUGAAGAGAGUUUCCUUAAAGUAUUAUAGCACAAAAAUUAGAUGCAGUGCAGUUGACCUCUCUUUGAACACUCUAAUAAGGAAAGUCUUAACACUAUGAUGCCUUUUGGAAACUGGUACCCAAAUGGUGUACACUCUUCCAGUUGUUCACAUUUGCAAAUGUAUGCUUUUGAAUGCAUGUACCCAGCUUAGUGUCAGAAUGUCAUUUUCAUAUGUACUACCAGUCUAAAAAAAGUACUCCCAUAUGUAUUCCAUAUUCAUAUGUACUACCAACUAAAAAAAGUUUAGACACACCUGAUUGAGUGUAUGUUUUCCAUAAUCCUGAAUACAUUUUGAUCUACAGGCAUAAUCUUAAACUCUUGAAAAGUUGUAAACCUUUCACUGGUAGUUUGUGUAUGCUGGUGCACAAACUACUUGGCCCAUCACAACCUAUAAGGGCCUUGUUUACAAUUUUUACGCAGUCAAGCUUGGAAAAUGACAUCAGCCUCUUGGAAAAAGAGAGUCCUUAAGUUCUGUGAUUGUAGAUUUUAAAGCUUUUGGGCAAAGCUACUACUGCAAAGUGGUCCUUCAUAAUAUGCUGUCUCAGAUUUUAAUAAACCAGUUCUGAGGCAUUGGUUAGUGAAUCAUAGAACAAAUUGGUGUUGACUAGUCUGAAAACUCAUCUGAUAACAUCUCGGUUUUGUGCUAUUUAUCAUUGGGGUAUUGGCCACACAUCACAGUUUCAUUUUAAACCAGACACAAUAUUAUAGGGAAGGUUUUGACUGGGUUUAGGGUGACCCUUAACAUUUUGCUUCACACUGUAUAUUGGUUAAUUGAAGUGUUGGGCAUCCUCUUGUCGUUUUUUUUAGGGCUAAUGAUUAUGGGUUAGAUUAAUGUUUUUUAUUGUUAAUUUAUUGUUUUCUUCUUCAUUUGUAUGUUGGCACUAGCUUUCAUAUUUGAGCUGCUUAUAAAAACUGAAAUGUUGCAUUUUUGGGUAAGAGCAAAAGAACUUGACAGUUUUUAUGAUCAUUACAAUGUUUAAACUUCUUGGUGAAAUUGUAAAAUAUGAGUGGGGAGAAUUGUAAUUUUAUGUACUUAACCUUGUGCAUAUUGUUAUUUCUUUUCUUUCUGUUUUUUUUUUUUUAAAUAAAUACGGUCUAUGUAAA